UACCCUCAGCACCACCUGACAACAUACAAAUUGGCAUGUAUAAUCUAACAGCUGGCUGGGUUAGAUGGUCAUCCCCACCGCCACAGCAUCACAAUGGCAACUUGUUGGGCUAUAAAAUUGAGGUAACUGCUGGCAAUACCCUAAAAGUUUUGGCCAACAUGACUUUAAAUGCCACCACCACCUCGGUCCUGCUAAACAAUUUGACAACUGGUGCCACAUACAAUGUACGCCUGAAUUCCUUUACCAAGGCUGGUGAGGGCCCAUAUUCAUUACCGGUUUCAUUAUUCAUGGAUCCGGCCCACUUGGUGCAUCCGCCACGUGCCCAUCCCAGUGGCUCGCACAGCAGUGUAACUGGUCACACCGGUGGUGUUGGCAGUGAAGGUGGUCAUUUUGCCUAUCAUCCCAAUGGGGUGGCCGGUAUGCCCGAUGAUGCGGCCACAACAACCACUCAGCGCAAAUCGACAACUGUGGUCCAUGAAACAUGGUUUAUGGCACUUGUUAUAACAAUGCUAUUGGCCAUAUUAGUAUCAGCUGCCGCUGCAAUGUUAUUCUUCAAGAGGCGCCAUCAACUAACAAAGGAACUGGGACAUUUAAGUGUAGUCAGUGCCAAUGAGAUAACCGCCUUGAAUAUUAAUGGCAAGGAUAGUUUAUGGAUAGACCGUGGCUGGCGCACCACCGAUACCGACAAAGAUUCCGGCUUGAGCGAAACCAAAUUGCUUUCGAAUACAAAUAGCCAAUCGAAUUACAAUACAUCAGAUGGUGGCACAGAUUAUGCUGAAGUGGAUACAAGGAAUAUGAGCACUUUUUACAAUUGUCGCAAGAGUCCUGAAAAUCCCACACCCUAUGCCACAACCAUGAUUAUCGGUGCCUCAUCAACGGAAACAACAUGCAUGAAAACUUCGGGUUCAAGUACAGAUCAAGAUUCGGGUACCCAUUCACCCAAUUCGGAGGGUAUAAAUCCUCAUUGUGGUGGUCCGAAUGGUCCAGCGGGAAAACACAACUAUCAUCAAUAUCCUCCAGAACAAAUUAAUUGGUCAGAAUUUUUGCCACCACCACCGGAACAUCCUCCACCAGUACCCUCAUCGUGUGGCUAUGCCCCUGGCUCACCUCAGUCAUCAAGAAAGAGUUCCAAGAGCGGUGGUUCGGGGAUUUCGACGCAUCAAAGCGCCUUGAAUUCAUCCAUACACAGCAGUUCAUCGGGUGGUUUCUCCACCUGGGGUAUGGCGCCACAGUGUGCCGCAUCGGCCGGUGCCCGACCACCCCAGGAGAAUUACUAUAAUAAUCCCUUGCCAUGUGUCGGCAAUACACAAAAUCGUUAUCAAAUAACACCAACGGGUCAGCAUCCUCCGCCAUUACCUCCAUAUUUUCCGCCCGGAGCUGGUGGGACGGCACAGCUACCACCCCGUAAUAUACAUAUCCAUUAUCCGGCACCCCGGCAUGCAAUGAGUGAAUAUCAACCGACCGGUACUCACAAUUCAAGAUGUUCGAAUGGAAGAGCCUGUACCAGCUGUGAUGCAUUAGCUUCACCCCUACAACCGCUACCACCACCCGGUGAUGGUUGGUAUCAGCCACUGCAUACAUCCCAUAUGCCACCAAAUUCCUCUGCCCAUCAAAUCUAUCAAUGUUCCUCUGAAUGUUCAGAUCAUUCACGUACCUCCCAUACAAAUGUCCCACAACACAACACCCAUCAUCAUUCGCAUGGUCAUAGCCAUGGUGGUCAUCAGUCGCAUGGACACAGUCAUCAUGGUCAAACUACGCCCAAUGGUCAGGAUACAAUGCGUUCCGAAAGUAGCACGGAAAAUGGUGGUAAAUCGUCAAGUGUACAUAGAUGCCAUAACAAUAAGUCACGAUUCCCUGAAAUUAUGGAAAAUGAACAUCAAUUAGCCAAUAGUUCGGCGGGUUCAUGUACCUAUGAGGUAUUGGGUGAACCAAUGCGUAAUUGUAGUGAAUGUUGUAGUAGUUCACGGGAAGGUGAUACAUGCUCCUGCAGUGAAGGUUCCUGUUUAUAUGCUGAGGCGGGUGAACCAGGUAUGCCACCAAAUAGUGGUGGAGGUGGACCACCACCACAACCGCCAGCAAUGCCUGGUAAACAUAUGACACAAAACAAUUGAUAUGCCGCCUGUAUGUCAGCCAUGACUGCAGCAUCGACGACCACCACCACCUUGGACAAUGGUGGUGGUUUGGUAACUGAUGUUGUCAUAUAUUUUUAGUGGCCCUUAAGGUUUUAGUAAAAGAAAAA